AUGUUUUCUGGGUACAUCGAUAGCAAAGGUGAUCUGUACGAGAUCACUCUAUCAACAUCUGUCGAUGGAUUCCGAGUUAGAGUGCGAUUAGAGCGGCAAAGCUGGGCAAAUUCCUUCUCGCCGCAGUAUAUAUCCGAGUUGACCAAGAAAACUGGUUGUCACAAGGACUUUGAUACGUUUAUUACACUCUUGGCAAAAGCAAUCACUGGAAAAGAAAAUACCGAAUGUUGUCUUCAAAUACUAACUCCCGCAGAUCUCGAGUCCCUCCGCAACGGAUCAACUUCCGCUCGGCAACCUUCGCACAUAAGGCCUCCUGGAGAUCGACGUUAUCUCUUACUUACAGUUCACAAUAAUUACGAAAAGAACCACUUCCCACUCAGCCUUCUUCCUGAAAGUAGUCAAGUCUUCAACCCAACCUCAGUUUUAAAACCAGGCAACACACUUCACUUCCCGAAUAAAAGCGAAUCCGACGCACUCGAGCUACGCACGAUAAUCGGACAACUUCAAGACGAAAUCAGGAGACUAAAAGCGCCGGAUACAGUUGCUCAUCAAAAGUCAAAUUUUGAAGCGCUCGUUUACGAGAACAUGAUGCUGAAACAAAAGCUAGAAGAAGCGAAAAACGAAGUCAAAACAGUAACAAGUGCCAAACAUCAACGACAAAUCCGUAAAUUAGUAAGGCUUUUUAAAUGUCUUUACAGACUAUCGCGAAAAUCCACUGUAACUCGUUCUUCAACACCUGAUCCUUCACAUCACUCCUUGCAAAACGACACACUUGACUCCUACACAGGAAGCCAGGCUUCUCUCCGUCUUGAGGAUUCGCUCAUCAACGGUAGCUCCUUCAACAUCGGCGAGAUUGACCAACGCCUUGAAGCACUUCAAAUGUACAUCAACGAAGCCUUACACUGA